AUGCACAGAGGCAGCUGUGUGGAGCCUUCGGCUCCAGCCUCGAUCGAGGCAGCUCGCAGUUACUGCCUCAACAGCGAAUUUUUAAGUGAUGAGGCUACAGGCCUAGGAGCCGCUAAGCGGGCCCGGAGAGGCCUGCGGCCAGGCGGGGAUCCGUCUAGUGACGUGGCCCUUACCAAGCGCUUGAGGCUUCCAAGACAGGAUGACUUUGUUUCUGUCACUGAUUCUUCUGGAAAAAGUGCUUCUGAGUCGUCGGCUAGAGCUGCCGAUGGUGAGGGAGAGAGGUGGCGGCUCCUAGAGCAGUUGUCCCAGGUCAUCCCAGCGGCAGGGAGUUUGCUGCCAGAGGGGCCUCCGCAGUCCAGUCACUACCAGGAAACAUCUCAGCCUGCCGCUAGCGAGGUGCUUGAUUGGGAAGCCUGCAACAGAGCUCUGGAUAGACUUGUCAGGGCCAGCAAGCCCCAAAGCAGUCUUUCAGUGGAGUGGGACUCCGGCCUUUCAAGCCACAGUAGGGACAUCGGCCUGUUCGAAUUGCCCGUAGAGACAAAUACGGACUUUCAGGCUUCUCUUUUGGGGGCGCCCGCUGAAAGCACCUCUUUGUUUGUUGCCAAGGGGGAGCUGGGGGCCAAGCGGACUACCAGCAAUGCAGCCGACCCAAUGAAGGAGAGGCAGAGGAGGGAACUACAGCAAAAGAGGACCCUCGAUCUGGCCUCGCAGAUUGUGUCAAGAUUCAGAGGAGCCCGUCGUCCCGGCGUGCUGCAACUGCUGCACCGGUUCUUCUCCUGCAGCAGCCGGCAGGUACGGGACCCUCAGGAGCUUGUACAGCAAAAGAGGACCCUCGAUCUGGCCUCGCAGAUUGUGUCGAGAUUCAGAGGAGCCCGCCGUCCUGGCGUGCUGCAACUGCUGCACCGGUUCUUCUCCUGCAGCAGCCGGCAGGUACGGGACCCUCAGGAGCUUGAGAAGCUUGUGGGCGCCUGCUGCUACAUCAUAGCGCGGCAGCAAGGGGAUGACAUGACGCUUAACGACGUAACUGCGCAGCUGGAGAGGCGGCAAGGCACUAAGGGGAGACAGCGCUGCCGUUGUAUCAGCCGGUGGGUGGUGAAGGUAUGUGGCAAGCUGCAGCUGAGGUGUCUGCCUAAACAUGGGGAUGCAGAGAUGUUGGCUUCGAAUGCUCUGAGGCGCAUAUGCUGUCAUCUUAAGUUACUGCUUACACAGCAGGAGCAGCAAGAGCUGCUGCUGCUGCAAAGUCUGAAGGAGGCGUACAGACAAUGCCUCCAGCAGGAGGCAGACGCAGGACCCGUCGAUGACAACACUAACCAACAGCAGCCGUACAGACAAUGCCUCCAGCAGGAGGCAGACGCAGGACCCGUCGAUGACAACACUAGCCAACAGCAGCCGAAAGAUGCAGCACUCGCAGAACUCGACGACGAGGAUCUUCUGGGGCUACUUUUGCUGCAACAGCAAGAAGAAGCCGCUGCAAACGCUCCUGCUUCGGUUGAGAGUGGGUUGGGUUCUUCUGAAGGAGACAUGCCGGACGUCGAUGCGUUCUUGAAGCAGUUCGAUUCGGACUGCAAUGCUAAGACGACGCAAAUUGAAGACGAGGCGUGGGCACAGCCAGCAGGAACAGCAGAAAGCGUCGUAUCUCUGGGUCCAGACGGUUCCCUGCAGUUGUCGUCAACCUCUCCAAGGCAAAAGGCGGGCAAUGCGCAUUCUCGUUUGGGUGAAUGGGACUCCGUGGCGCCUUCUGAGGCUGCCCUGUUGGGAGGGGAAGCAACGGAUGCUGCUGCUCUUGAUGCGCAGAUACAGCAGCACGAGUGCGUGUUGCGGCUGCUGCGGCUGUUGCCGAGUGCACAGCGUAUCAACUGUUGCCGAGUGCACAGCGUAUCAAGCUAG